AUGCCUAAGCUGCCGUCGAUGAAAAUUCUGUUAACCAAGGCGAAGUCUCAUCAGUGUCUCUUCAACGAAAUCUGUACUUUCGUUGAUCAACUCAAUGCAGAAACCACAGCGAAUCAACUGACCGUUCGAAUGGAAAACUUUGACGGGCUCUGGGAAAACAUCAACGAGGCGCUGAAUGCAAUCGAGACCCAUGAUGAUUAUCCCGAUGGAUAUGAAAGCUGUAGCAAGGAGCGUGCAGAGUAUGGUAACCGCUAUUACGACUACAAGGCGAGGAUUUUGGAUCGACUGAAGCAGCUAGAGCAACCUAGACAGACCACUUCCGAUCGAGCACAGGGCUCUGGGAUGCAUGAUGUGGCGGAACACGUGCGUCUACCGCAGAUUAAGCUGCAAACCUUCGAUGGAAACAUCGACGAAUGGCUAAGCUUUCGUGACCUGUACACUUCGUUGAUUCACCUGAAAGCGGACUUACCUGAUGUCGAAAAGUUCCAUUAUCUGAAGGGCUGUUUGGCGGGGGAAGCCAAGUCGCUGAUAGAUCCACUAGCCAUCACCAAUAUCAACUACCAAGUAGCCUGGAAGACACUUAUGAACCGGUACAACGACAGCAAGUUGCUGAAAAGACGUCAGGUGCAAACCCUAUUCAAAUUACCGUCUCUCGGGAAGGAGUCUGCAUCCGAACUUCAAUCGUUGCUGGAGAAGUUCGAACGUGUAAUCCAAACUUUGGAUCAAAUCGUCCAGCCAGCAGAUUACAAAGACUUGCUGUUGGUGGAAAUCAUGUGCUCCCGAUUGGACCCAACCACAAGGCGCUGUUGGGAGGAGAAUUCUGCUACAAAGGAGCAGGAUAAGGUGAAGGAUUUGAUCGACUUUCUGCAGACCAGGAUCAAGAUUCUUGGAUCCCUUCCGUUGAAACCUUCCGAGAAAAGAGAAACGCCGAAGAUGCCUUACCGAAAACCAUCGCUCACCCGAUCGAGUCACAAUGCAGUUUACAACACUGGAUUACGCUGCUUAGCUUGUUCAGAAUCCCACCUGCUCUUCCAAUGCCCAGCGUUUCAGAGGAUGUCUGUGUCAUCUCGAGAUAAACUGCUACGGAGCCAUUCGCUGUGCAGAAAUUGUUUCCGAUGUGGUCACCAGGCCAACGAGUGCACGUCGAAAUAUGUCUGCCGUAGCUGCAAGGGAAAGCAUCAUACACUAGUGUGUUUCCAUUCCGAAAAUACCACUAGAAGGGGUACCUCUGCUGAUCGACCAAGCAGCAGUAGUGCACAGUCGUCUAGUGAGACCAAUUCCAACACAGCCGACGAUACAACAGUGUCUUAUAAUAUGGCGAUCGAUCACUCAGCUCCAGUAUUUCUGGUCACCGCCAUCGUUCUAGUGGAUGACGACGAAGGAGUAGCCUUUCCAACUCGGGCGCUCCUAGAUUCAGGAUCUGGAUGUAAUUUCAUGGCAGAGCGCCUCUGUCAGAAAAUGAAGAUUAAGCGAAAGCGCUCGAACAUCGACGUUGUGGGAAUCGGACAGUCUAAUAUGAAGGUGCGACAUCGCGUCGAAGCCAAAAUCAAGUCGCGAGUUUCACCAUUCUCGCAGAGCAUGGAGUUUCUCAUGCUUCCGACCGUUACGUCGAAUUUUCCAACUACAAGUGUCCGACGUGCAGAUUGGAAAAUACCUGAAGGUGUGGAACUGGCAGAUCCAUCCUUCUUCGAAUCAGCUGCUGUCGAUCUGGUGAUUGGUAUCCAACAUUUCUUUGAUCUCAUCAAAUCCAGAAAGAUAUCUUUGGGAAAUGGGCUCCCGACGUUGAAUGAGUCUGUUUUUGGCUGGAUUGUUUCUGGUGUGGUCAACGAUGCCGGUGCUGUAGUCCAAAAAUCCUGCUACACAGCAAUGGCUACCGGUUUCGAGGAGCUGAUCAAUCGGUUUUGGAGCUGCGAAGAAUUGGAAACCAGCAACAACUAUUCCCCAGAAGAGGAGAGAUGCGAGGAGCAUUUCAAGCGAACCGUGCGGAGAUCCAAAAAUGGACGGUACACCGUAUCGUAUCCAAGGAACCAUGACAAAUUAGUCGAAUUGGGCGAGUCAAGGGACAUUGCGCUUCGACGACUUUUAUGGUUGGAACGUAGACUGGAUAGGGAUCUAGAGCUACACGAACAGUACAAGCAGUUCAUGGUGGAGUACGGACAACUCGGGCACAUGCGCAAGGUGGUCGAUACAGGGAAAGAGGGUUCCCUCCAAAGGUGUUUCCUUCCACACCAUCCAGUUGUCAAACAGGACAGUACAACGACUAAGGUUAGAGUUGUAUUCGAUGCAUCAUUCAAAACACGUUCAGGAACGUCUCUCAACGAUGCCUUGCUGGUAGGGCCAGUAAUCCAGGACGAUCUACGAGCAAUCAUCCUACGUUAUCGUAUGGUUCGCAUUAUGUUGGUUGCCGAUGUUGAGAACUUGUUCCGCCAAAUUCUCAUCUGUCAAGACGACAUUCCUCUCCAAACCAUCUUGUGGCGGACAGAUGAACAAUCCGAUAUCCAAUGGUAUGAACUAACCACCGUUACUUACGGUACCAAACCUGCUCCCUAUCUAGCUACGCGCACGCUGCAGCAACUAGCUGAAGAUGAGCAACUCCAAUUCCCUAUGGCGGUAAGGGCUGUCAACAAGGACGUGUAUAUGGAUGACGUCCUGACUGGUACAAACACCGAAAAGGAAGAUAUGGAGCUGAUGACCCAACUCGUUUCGAUGCUAUCCAAAAUGUUGAAAGAUAUUCCCAAAGAAAAUCUAGCGAUCGUCAAUACCGAAGAAGUAUCGCUAGACCCCGACCCAUCUGUGAAAACCCUAGAUUUGGUUUGGUUACCAGGAACCGAUCGUAUCAAAUUCCGCUUUAAGGUCUGUAUUCCAAGUUUUGACGAUGAUCUGUCAAAACGGAAGGUACUCUCGAUAAUAGCCUCAUUAUUCGAUCCACUUGGUUUGAUCGGAGCGGUCAUCUUGCGAGCGAAGCUGUUUAUGCAAUUACUUUGGACGCAAGAAGAUGAGGAAGGAAACCGAUUAGGCUGGGAUCAGCCUUUACCCCCGAAGCUGCUGGCAGAAUGGCAGGCUUUUCACCAUCAACUACCCCGACUGAACGAGUUGAUCAUUCAACGUUGCGUUGUUUUACCAGAAUCAGCGAAGGUUCAUUUGCAUAUCUUCUCGGAUGCCUCAGAGCGUGCAUAUGGAACAUGUGCGUACAUCCGGAGCGAGAAUCACAAAGGAGAAGUUUGGGCUGCUUUAUUGACAUCAAAAUCCAAGGUGGCACCGUUGAGGCGCCAAUCAAUUCCCCGGCUGGAGCUAUGCGGAGCAUUGCUUUCCGCGCAGUUGGCAGAGAAAAUCCUAGAGUCGAUCCAGGUUCCAAUGGAGGUGUUCUUUUGGUCCGACUCAACUUGCGCUUUCCAAUGGAUUAAGGGAAAUCCUUCAAUGUGGACAACAUUCGUUGGCAAUCGUGUAGCCAAGAUCCAACGAAUAACCGAAAAAUAUUCAUGGAACCAUGUUGCCGGAGUGGACAAUCCGGCGGACCUAAUAUCCCGAGGUAUUGGACCCGAUCAAAUCCAUACCUGCACACUAUGGUGGGAAGGCCCACCAUGGCUCAAGAAGAUGAGAGAAGAAUGGCCAAGUUCAUCAGCAACUCCCGUUGCACAAGAUGUUGAAGCAGAGUUUCGUUCAACAGCACAUUGUGCUAAUGAAAAGCCCGAAGGUUUUGUGGGCUGGUACAUUUCCAAGUUCCCUUCGUACACAGAUGUGCUGAGGCAAACAGCAAUCUGGCAGCGUUUGAUUCGAAUACUGCGGAAGGAGGAUCCGAAGCCGACCGGUUUUCUAACAGUGAAGGAGUUAGGUGAAGCCGAAAUCACUAUCAUACGCAAUCUUCAACAGGAAGAAUUCUCGAGCGAAUGGAAAUCUCUUUCUCUGAAGAAACCAAUACCAAAGAGCUCAUCACUACGAUGGUGGAGAACGGAGUACUUGUCGCUACUACAGAGCCGGACAAAGCGUUGGAAACCACCAGUUGAGAUCACCGUUGGAAAAUUCGUGGUCCUGAAGAACGAAAAUUCCCCUCCGGCCCAAUGGAAACUUGGGCGCAUAAUGGAAGUACAUCCUGGCAGCGAUGGAGUCGUUAGGGUGGUGUCCGUCAAAACCGCCACUGGAUACCUAAAGCGUCCUGUGGAGAAAGUAUGCCUACUACCACCAGCUAAUCAACCGCCAGACGAAGAGAACCAAAGUUGA